UCGCAGCAUAAUUUUCGGCAGGAGGAUGGCUACUCGUUGGGGAAUAGCAAGCGCGGGUAAAAUAUCCCAUGACUUCGCGACAGCUUUGGCUACUCUGCCCACAGGGGAGCACGAGAUUGUUGGAGUUGCAGCACGCGAUCUUUCACGUGCAAAAGUAUUUGCCAAGCUUCACAAUGUUUCAAAUGCUUAUGGGAGUUACCAAGAUCUCGCGAAUGACAGAGACGUGGAGGUUGUAUACAUCGGGGUGCUCAAUCCUCAGCAUUUGGAGGUUGCCAAGCUGAUGUUGAGCAAUGGCAAGCAUGUACUAUGCGAAAAACCAUUGACUCUAAACGUCAAGCAAACCAGGGACCUUAUAAAUUUCGCUAACGAAAAGGGUCUCUUCUUGAUGGAAGCAAUUUGGAGUCGGUGCUUUCCAACAUACGAAUGGAUUAAGGAAGAAGUCAACUCCGGGAGGCUGGGAGAGAUCAAACAAGUUAUUGCAACCUUUGGAGUUCCAAUUGCUGAUGUGGAAAGGCUCCGUAAAAACGAGCUCGGUGGAGGGACGAUACUGGAUCUCGGAGUGUAUACUAUACAAUUCGCAUCAUUCAUUUAUAACGGUGAUAAGCCAACUUCUAUUAAGUCAUCGGGUCACUUGAACGAGAAUGGUAUUGAUACCUCAAUGUCAGCGACUCUCACAUAUGAUGGGGGUCGAACUGCUACGAUAUUGACGCACGCCGUGGUGUCAUUGCCGAAUGAAGCUUUUGUAAUCGGUACAAAAGGCACCCUGAGAGUGCCACAAUUCUGGUGCCCGACCAAACUUGUCCUCCCAUCUGGUCAAGAACGAUCCUUGACUCUACCAGAGGGUGCCCAUAGAUUCAACUUCUGCAAUUCUGCUGGUCUACGAUACGAAGCGGCGGAAGUCCGUAGAUGUCUGAAAGCUGGUCUGAAGGAAAGCCCUUUUGUAACCCAUGAAGAGUCGUUGGCCAUCGCAAUGAUUGAAGAUGAGCUCAGGAGACAGAUAGGAGUCGUCUAUUCCGAGGAUAAAUGAACCCCACCUGGCUUCUGACAGUCAACGAUAGUCGGCCCAUCUUAUUCUGUGGCGCUUCUAACAUACAUUGUAAAUUUGUGUAUCAUACUUAGUCUUCAAGACGUAAUUUGUACCUAUCUGACCAAUAAAUGGGUAACUGCUA